CACCUUGACUCAGAUCAUCUUUUCACUUUGUUCCAAUCUGCAGGAUUGUGUGUGGAAACCUUCUGAGGAAAGAAUGUGGAGUCUCUUUGAGAUUGUGGCAAAACCAAAACUGAGGUAUGAUUUAGUGUUGAAGAGGUUCCUUGGCAGGCUCCUGAGGGAAAUAUACCGGGCUGGUGAGCCCACAGACUUCAACAACUUAUACUACAAUGCCAAAAUCAAGCUGUCAAGAUCAACUAUAAGAGAAAUUGAAUUGUUUAUGAAUGAUGAAGACAACCGCAGACCCGAGGCUUUGGAUGAUGCUCUCAGUGGCAUACUGGUGGAACUUAAACCUCACAAUUUUUUCACCAGUUCUGAAUACACGUUUGGAGUAGAUAGCGUCCCAAUGUUAACAAUCGGGUUCUUUUCGAUAUUUUUUGUACUUAUUGCCUUAAUUAAGCCACAGCUAAGAGUUUCCUGGUUGAAGUGUUUCAUUACAACAUUUGCCAUCUCCUUCUUUGCCAGCAUUCCUUGGAACUGGCUCUAUCUGUACAAGGGAGCCUAUGCAAAACACCAGAGCAAACUAAUGAAAGUGGAAAUACUCCAUAAAGAGUGCAUGAAACUACAGAAUCUUAGCUGGUUUGGUAGUAUUCGAGAAUGGUUCAAAUCCACUUUGACUUUUCAAAGUGACCCUUGUGAGGAAUACCUAAAGAUCCUCCUAAUUGACCCCUUUCUCGAGGUACCGCCAAUCAAGGCAAUUGUGUACACAUUGACCACCUUCAUCAUAGAGCCACUGAGGGCCUUAGGAGAAGGGAUGGGUGGUUUCUUUCAAGCACUCGUCAAAGAUCUACCAUUUAUCCUUUGGAUACCAGUCCUCAUCAUUAUCACCAUACUAAGUUUGGGAGCUCUGAUGGUAGGACUGCCAGCAGUUUUCCCUCAGCAAGUCAGACGUUUUCUACCUUGGUUGGAUAGAAACCAGGGUACACAAGCACCUAACCAACUCCAAAAUGACAAUGUCAGGAUAGAGCAGACUGUCAUUUAUCAAAGCCAACCCAACAGCAUUCUAAGAAGUGCUGACCGUCCACAAAAUGAGGGGGUUCCUGACCCUGAGGGGUGCCAGGGAAGCACUGAUGAGAGGAAUAAUAUCUCUAUUAAUUCCAGCUUUGAAGACCAGCAGGAGAUGUGGGAGGAGGUCAGGUGGAGUACUGUGACUCCAACAGACCAAGCAAAAGGCAGUCAACCUGAAUUAGAUUAUUCACAGGUAAAGAAUAAAAAGGUAAAAGCAGAGAAGAAAGGUUCUCAUGAUGAGCCUUGUGGAGACAGUGCAGCACCUGCACCUUUGGCGUACAGGAGAAAGGGCGUCAGCAUCUCUCAGAUUCACACUGAAAAUGUUUCUGCUCAGAAGAUAUGAUCAGCUCCAAUGGAUUACCUGUACUUACAGCUCAAAGCUAAAUAACAUCAGUAUUUACUAUCAGUGAUGGCUGUUCACUUCAAAAUACAUUAAAUGAGAACAAUUGGAUUCAAAUUAAGCUGAACCAAUACUGAGCAGUUUGUUGUCUGGUCUGCAGCACUGUAGCUGCAUUAAGGAAGAGCUGAUCGUAUCAAAAGGACUUUGUUCCCAUUGAUUCUCUCUUAAACUGAUUUAGUUCAGACAUUUUUUUUCACUGUGUUUAAAUAUUUUAUCUAUUUCCUAUAAUCAUGGUGGUGGAGCAAUACUACAAGAUAGAUUCAUGAAACAUGAAUGUGCAAUGACCAGAUACUUGGUUUAGUAUGAUAAUUUCAGCUUCUUGUUUGCAUUAAACACAUACAACUUGAAAUAUUUACUCACGUUAUUUUAUGAUGUCCGUUUUAAUAUUUUUUUCUCUAGAAAUUAAACUCUUUACAAAAUAUAAAAAGAGUGCAGACAAUAUGAAUGAGUGCAAUAUUUUUUACUUAGAUUCUUAAAACCUAUAAAGCAAUUAACUUUUUAAAAAUAUUUUUUACAGACUUUGUGAGUUAGUGUCAAAGAUACAGAUGUCCUUUUGUACGGAUAUGUUGUAAGACAUGCAACAUAAAAAGCAAAAACAGAGUCCACGUUAUACAUCCCAUUUAACAAGUUAAAAUUAGGAUUAAAAAGUGCACUCGAUAUUCUUGAAGGAUAUGGAUUUUCAGCUCAUAUUGACAGCUGUGGCAGCUGUUGCGUAAAUUGGCUCUUGCUUUAUUUGUUCUUAAAAAAUCUGCCUGUCUCUACUUCUGCUUAAAAAGAUUAUAAGGUUUGGACAAACAUAGUUUCUUUCUUUGUAAAAUGGGCUUGGUUUUUAUGUAGACUUAUACUGUGAGACAUUUAAACAAAUAUGUAAUUAGAAAAUGUUGCCAGGCACUUGACAACCAACUCAUAAAGUUAUUACAGACCCAGAUAUGCAUCCAGUCAUCUGUGUGUGCCUGUCAUUGAAAAUGUUAAAACACCUCACGUUCUGUCAUAUUUGAAGGGAUUCAAGGUUUUCUUUUUACUGUUUGUAUUUUUGCACAGUUGGUGUUACACUGCCUGUUUAUGAUAAAAAAAAUGUUGAAAUACUGUUGUUUGUAUUCUAUUUUUAGACCACAUUA